GUCAAAAGAUAGAAGAAUGAGAAAUGUUUUUCCCUCCAAGAAGGGAGGGCGUGUACAACUGCCGAAUGAAUGAUGAAACAAAAGACUUCCUCGGUUUACGCCCAACAUUUUCGCUUCACCUCUUCUCUCUCAAAACACCGUUGAACACAUCAAUCCAAAUCUCUCUCUCUCUCCUAACCCUUAAGAAAAUUUAACAAUUAUUAUUAUCAUCUUUCAUUCUCCAGAUCAAAAAUCAAGUGCUGAAUUUCAAUGGUGUGACCACUCGCGCUAUAUCAAAACUAUGGCUAACAGAAACGGAGAAUCUUCUUCUUCACAGCCUCCUCAAUUCCAGCCACAACAACAGAAUGCUAAUGAACAAGACCCGGAACAUCAUUCUGGAAACGCAGACCCUCGUUCCCGUGGUGGCAACACGGUAUUCAAGAGUGGACCGCUAUAUAUAUCCUCAAAAGGGCUUGGGUGGACAUCUUGGAAGAAAAGAUGGUUUAUCUUGACUCGUACUUCACUGGUUUUCUUUCGAAGUGACCCGAGCGCAGUCCAACAGAGAGGAGGUGAGGUCAAUUUAACCCUUGGGGGAAUUGAUCUCAACAGUUCAGGCAGCGUGGUUGUCAAGGCAGAUAAAAAGCUCUUGACUGUUCUCUUCCCUGAUGGUCGUGAUGGACGUGCCUUCACACUCAAGGCUGACACUAUGGAGGAUCUUCAUGAGUGGAAAGCUGCUCUAGAACACGCUUUGACACAAGCACCUAGUGCUUCUCAUGUUAUGGGUCAAAAUGGUAUCUUCAGGAAUGAUCAAUCAGAUGCCCCUGCCAGUGUUGAUGAACAUAGAGAUGAGGCACCAGCAAGACCAACCGUCCUUGGAAGACCAGUUUUACUUGCUCUAGAAGAUGUUGAUGGAACUCCGUCUUUCUUGGAAAAGGCACUUAGAUUUGUUGAAGAUCAUGGAGUCAAUACAGAAGGAAUCUUGAGACAAGCCGCUGAUGUUGAUGAUGUUGAACAUCGGAUUCGUGAAUAUGAGCAAGGGAAAAAUGAGUUCUCUCCAACAGAGGAUGCUCAUGUUAUUGCUGAUUGUCUUAAGUAUUUUCUUAGAGAGUUGCCUUCCUCUCCUGUGCCUGCAUCUUGUUGCAACGCUCUUCUGGAAGCUUGCCGUACUAUCCGUGGUAAUAGAGUCAAUGCUAUGCGUGAAGCAAUAUGUGAAUCAUUCCCUGAACCAAAUAGACGCCUAUUACAAAGAAUCCUGAUGAUGAUGCAGCUAGUGGCCUCUAACAAAAAUGUGAACCGGAUGAACACCAACGCUGUUGCAGCUUGUAUGGCACCUUUACUUCUCCGACCUCUUCUGGCUGGGGACUGCAAUAUUGAAAAUGAUUUUGAUGUGGGCGGUGAUGGUUCUAUGCAACUUCUUCAAGCAGCUGCUGCAGCAAAUCAUGCACAAGCUAUAGUGAUUACAUUGUUAGAAGAAUAUGACAGCAUUUUUGGAGAAGGUUCCUUGUCAGCUGGAUUGUACUCUGACUCAGAAGAGAGUGGUAGUGAAACGGAGGAGGGAACAGAUGAUGGUGACUCUGACUAUGACGGCACACAAGGAUCUGAUGACUACACAGAUGAAGAAGAGGAUCUUGAAAAUGAAUCUGAUAGAUCAUACAGUGAGAGUGAAGCCUCAGUCGACACUCCCCAUGACCAUAAAGCACGGCCCUCUAUUCAGAUAACUGAAAUUACAAGCUCUGAAUCCACCCCAAAAGGAAGUACGGAGCCCAAAGUUCCUAAGAAGCUCUUAUCCAGCUCUAAACGGUCUUCGCUACCACGGCAUGAUCAUGCAAGAAAGGAUCAGAAUGUUUUGGUUAAAGGGUCUGAUAGUGGAGAGGUAAAGGCUGUAUUAGAGGUCUCAAAACCUGAGGAAAAGAGCUCAUCAACUACAUUAUCAAGUGCACCAGGAGGAAGUAAAAGGCUAUGGGGCCGUGCCCAUGGGAGGAAGAACCUUUCUAUGGAAUCUAUUGAUUUCACACUGGAGGUGGACGAGGAUGAUGCUGACAUUGAAAGACUUGAAUCAACCAAAUCGGAGCUACAAAACAGAAUAAGAGAGGAAGUUAAGAACAAUGCAGUUCUACAGGCUAGUCUGGAGCGACGGAAGAAGGCUUUGUACGUGAGGCGCCAAGCUCUAGAGAAUGAUGUGGAAAGACUACAAGAACAGUUGAAGCAAGAGAGAGACAGGAAGUUAGCUCUGGAAGCAGGACUUAACAUGUCGAAAGGGAACCAAUCUAUUCCAGAAACAACCGAUGAAAAGUUGAAAAAAGAUCUGCAAGAGGUAGCUCAGGCGGAGGCUGAUAUUUCCAAUUUGGAAAAUAAGGUUGAUGAUCUUGAGAAUAGACUUGGUCAACAAGACGUUAAAGGCUCUGGUUCACCGAGAGAAUCUAGGAGAAGUCCAGAGCACAAUGCAAAAAUGAAGGAGAAACAAAAGGAUACUGAAGCAGCCUCUGGUAAUGUUUCAGAAAGGUCAAUUCUCAAGGAUGGGCAAGGGUCUGCAAGAGAAAAUGAGAUAGAGAAGAUACAAGAUCCACGGAGCAAAAGCUCACAACAAAGCUCAAAGCUUGCGGGCAUGUCUAAGAGGUCUGGGACAAAGGGAGAGGGAAACACAACAACAACAACUUCUGCACUUUCUAAAUUGACAAUGCGGCUCAACUUCCUCAAGGAGAGACGGAGUCAGAUCGCAAACGAGCUCUCAAACAUGGAUAAAGGGAAAAGCAGCUCAGGGCAACCCAGUCCUUCCACGGAGCAAAACCGAAGUGUGCAGGAAACUGAAAGAGGAACAGAGUCGAACCAGAACCAGGAUUCAGACAGCAGCAAACUCCAAAGCCCGCAUGUUCUUGACAGAGGAAGAUCUGAUAACGGAGGAGGCAGAGGCAGAGGAGGAUCUGGAGGAAACCAACCCAGCACUACACCGAGGACCUUGUCCAGAUGAUCUCUUUAUCAGAGCUGCUUAUAA